GCAACAUAAUCAUUUUUUUCUGUUUUUGAGUUUUUGAGUCAAAUUCGAAUCGAUAAAAUUUUUAAUUUUCUAAAUUCGGAUUACUUUAAUUUAAUUAUAAUGUCGGGAAGUUUUUGGCGUAGUUCUCAUUUUCAACAAUGGUUAUUAACUCGUCAGGAUCUUCUUCGUGAAAGACAUUAUGAUUUACAGAUAUUAAGUGAAGAAGAAUAUCAAAAAUUAAUGAUAUUUUUUUCAAAUUUUAUACAAGCUCUUGGUGAACAAUUAAAAGUCAAACAACAAGUAAUCGCUACUGCUAUCGUCUAUUUUCGAAGAUUUUAUGUUCGUAAUUCAUUAAAAUGUAUUGAUCCAUUACUUUUAGCACCAACAUGUUUAUUUUUGGCAUCCAAAGUCGAAGAAUUUGGUGUCAUAUCAAACAAUCGACUUAUAAGUACUUGUCAACAAGUUUUAAAAACUAAAUUCUCCUAUGCAUAUCCACAAGAAUUUCCAUAUCGUAUUAAUCAUAUAUUGGAAUGUGAAUUUUAUUUGAUGGAAAUAAUGGAUUGUUGUCUAGUAUUAUAUCAUCCAUAUAGACCUUUGAUUCAAUUUGUUCAGGAUUGGAAUAAUAAAGAUUCUAUUCUAUCAACAGCAUGGAAUGUUGUUAAUGAUAGUUUUCGUACCGAUGUUUGUUUACUAUAUCCACCACAUCAGAUUGCAUUAGCCUGUCUUCAUAUUGCCUGUGUAAUUACACAAAAAGAUUGUCAUAAACAAUGGUUUGCUGAACUUAAUUGUGAUCUGGAUAAAGUAUUAGAAGUAACUAAAUAUAUAUUAAAUCUUUAUGAAAUGUGGAAACAAUUUGAAAAACAAGAGAAAAAAGAAAUACCAGAAUUACUAGAAAAGAUGCCCAAACCAAAGACACAACCUUCAAGACCACCUUCACAAGGAACAAAUGAUACACAGAAUUCACAAAAUAGUAUUCAAAAAUAACAAAAACUUUGAUUUCAUGUUGGUGGUAUGAAUGUUUUUAUUUCAAAAAAAUUAUAAUAAAAAUGAUUACAAUUGUCAA